GCUUGCCAGCAGAGACACUGCAGGGGCACAGGGACCGCUUCCAGGAGCAGUUUAAGAAGUUGAAGAGUCUGUUUUACCGCUCCAGUAACCUGCAGUACUUUAAGAGACUCAUCCAGAUCCCACAGCUUCCAGAGAAUCCUCCUAACUUCCUGCGAGCAUCGGCCCUGUCAGAGCACAUCAGCCCAGUGGUGGUGAUCCCGGUGGAGUCGUCUUCCCCUGAGAGUGAGCAUGUGGUGGAGACUGAAGACCUGGUGGACAUGGACAUCCCUGCACAGCCGGCUGCAGUGGAGACCAGAUUUGAUGAUCUCUUCGGAGCGGCCACAGACCCCUUUAACUUCAACAGUCAGAACGGCAUGCGUAAAGACGAUAAAGACCGUCUGAUUGAGCAGCUGACAGCAGAGAUCCAGGCCCUGAAGGAGGAGCUGGAGACCUUCAGGCUGGAGAGCGGGCGCCUGUGCCAGGCGCUGCGCGGGCGCGUGAGCGAGCUGGAGGCCGAGCUGGCGGAGCAGAGCCACCUGAAGCAGCAGGCGCUUGGCGAGAGUGAGUUCCUGCGGGCCGAGCUGGAUGACCUGCGCCGCGUCAAGGAGGACACGGAGAAGGAGCAGCGCAGCCUGACGGAGAUCGAAAAGAAGGCCCAGGCCAAUGAGCAGCGCUACACCAAGCUGAAGGAGAAGUACACAGAGCUGGUGCAGAGCCACGCUGACCUGCUCAGAAAGAACGCAGAAGUGACCCGUCAGAUGACUGUGGCGCGAGCGGCUCAGGACGAGGUUGACAGCGUGAGGAGGGAAAUGCAAGAGAAGGUGAAGGCUGCCCAAGAUGCUUCGGAACAGCAGGAGAAGGCUCAGCUGGAGCAGCUCCAGGCCCUACAGGCAGAGCUGCACUCCAGCAGGACAGAACUGGAGAUCCUCAAGGGGAGCAUGCUCUCCUCCCAGCAGUCGAGUGAAGAGCUCAGCACUCAGCUCUCGGCACUGGAGUCGGAGAAGGCGGAGCUGGUGGAGUCAGUGUCCAAGAAGGAGGCGGAGCUUGCCAGCAUUGGGGAGCAGUUGGAGCGUGUGCAGAACAGCCUGGCCAGUGAGAGGGAGAGCGGGGUCAAGGCUGCUGAGACUCUGCAGAACCAGCUCAAUGAGAAGGAGAGCCGUGAGCAGGCACUGGAGGCCCAGCUGGAGGCGCUGCGCUGGGGAGCCCUGCAGGGGGCGCUAGAGGAGGCCCGCCGGAUCAUCCAGGACUGCCUCAGCACACUGGACGACCCCGCACACAUCAGCUGCACCAGCUCUGCAGACUACCUUCUCUCCAGGUGUCAGGCUGCAGUGGAGUGUGUGGAGCGGUUACAGGCUGCGAGGGACGGUUUCCAGGCCGACAGCACAGGAGUGUCGGAGCUGGUGCAGGCCGUCACCCAGUUUGCCCACCUCGUCGGGGACACCAUCAUCCAGGGCAGUGCCACCUCCCACAUGGUGCCAGUAGACCAAGCAGAUGUGUUGUCCAGCAGUGUGAAGUCGUGCGGCACGGAGGCACUGGCCUUGCUGACUCAGCUGCAGGACCGUGAGUCUCUGGCCACUGCAGACAGCAGCAAACUCAAGGAGGUGCUGGAGGGAAUCAAGGCCUCGGCCGAGAAGCUACGACCGCGCGGUCUCGAGCUGCAGCAGGGGGAACUGGGAGAUCUGGUGGAAUCGGAAAUGUCCGCCGCAUCACAAGCCGUAGAGUCAGCUGCAGCCAGGAUAGAGGAAAUGCUUAACAAGUCCCGAGCUGUUGAUACUGGAAUCAAGAUGGAGGUCAAUGAAAGGAUUCUGGCCUCCUGCACAGACCUCAUGGAGGCCAUUAAAGUGCUGGUGCUCUCCUCCAAAGACCUUCAGAGGGACAUCGUGGAUGGCGGCCGGGGAGCGGCGUCCAUGAAGGAGUUCUACGCCAAGAACUCCCGCUGGACCGAGGGCCUGAUCUCUGCUUCCAAGGCAGUGGGCUGGGGGGCCACUGUGCUGGUGGAUGCAGCAGACAUGGUUGUUCAGGGCAAAGGCAAGUUUGAGGAGCUGAUGGUGUGUUCACACGAGAUCGCAGCCAGCACGGCCCAGCUUGUGGCGGCAUCCAAGGUUAAGGCAGACAAGGGCAGUUCUAACCUGGCUCGGCUACAGCAAGCUUCCAGAGGAGUCACCCAAGCCACUGCUGGUGUCGUAGCAUCAACCAAGUCUGGCAAAUCACAGAUUGAAGAGACUGAAACUAUGGACUUCUCCAGUAUGACACUAACACAGAUCAAGAGGCAGGAGAUGGACUCGCAGGUCCUGGUCCUGGAGCUGGAGACACGUCUGCAGAGGGAGAGGGAGAGACUGGGGGAGCUGAGGAAGAAACACUACGAACUGGCCGGAGUAGCCGAGGGCUGGGGAGAGGAGGAGGAGGGUACAGGUUGAACCAUGCCACACAACAGCAGCUAUUUCAAGGCUGGGCCUCUCCGCUCCUCUCCUCUCUUCUCUCUCUCUCUCUCUCUCUCUCUCUCUCUCUCUCUCUCUCUCUCUCUCUCCUCUCUCUCCUUCUCUUCUUUUCUCAGUUCCUCUCCCCUGCUAUUCGCACAAGUAACUCCGAAGUCUUCUCAUGUUUAUUUUCAUUCUGUAAUUGCAAAGCGAAGCCAAAUAAAAGGGUGUUUUUUUUUUUUUUUUUUUUUUUUUUUAAAGAAAAAAGAAAAAACAAACCUUUCUCCUUGCCCUGCUGCUGUGGAGAGGGGAAACUUCCAUGAGGAUGGCAAGUAGAUGGCCCAAACAGCAACGGGGUGGACCCGCUCUUCCCAUCCGCUGGCUUGUAGACAGACUUGUAGCAGAGACCGCAAGCUUGCCGACGACCACAUGUAUUUAUUGGAGGAUUGUUUGUCUACUCCCGACCGGCCCGUGACGUGUUUUUGGAGGUGGUGUUACCCCUCAGUCCCCACCCUAUACCCAUCCUGGCCCUUUGACCCUUGACCCCUCACCUUAUGCUGCCCCUUUAACCCCAAGCACCGUUUCCUCCUUCAGCGUUGACUGGAUGACACACACACACACACACACAAACACAGUGGGCAAGUCUACACUACGCCGUGACCCAUCCACCAUUUCGGACGCCGCAAACAAAGUGCUUCACAAAACUGUAGCGGUGGCAACCUCUAUCUGGUGUCUCCAUCUCCGUCUCCACAACUGGAUCCAAAAAAAAAAAAAAAAGGAACACAAAAGGGGACAGGUGUUGGAGACGCUUCGCUCUCCUGCCCUGGAGAUUUCGGUUCUGUACUGUUCUGGGCCAAACCAUAAAGCCUUCCUGAUCCAGCUCCUGCACAGUGGACCACACAGUCGUUUCCACACAACAGUGGCCUUGCUCUGGACUCCGGACUCCAAAUGGAGAGAUAUGAGCCGAUGUGUUAGGACACAUCCACAUGCAGCACACACACACACACACACACACAGUGACCCACUGUGGACGCCUGUCUCUGAUCUGGUCUUAUCCAAUCUUGAUAUGAUGAAUUACUUCACACCAAGCCUCCUUGUCUUUGAGUCUCUGAUUCUGCCUCUCUAUAUUCCCUUUCUCUCUCUUUUUCUCUUUUUUUCUCUCUGUCUCUCUCACUCUUUGUAGUACAUGUAUCUGUGUGUGCAAUGAGUUGACUUCAACACUAACUUGACAUCAGAACAUGACACAAACCAGGCUAUAACUUUAUGAACAGAUAUCUGGUUGGCUUUUGUGUUGUGUUGAUGGAAAGAGUGGUUCAUUAACUUCUCUCUGACUAAGUUCUGGGAUGUCUAGACUCCUCUGACCAGGCUCAUUUCUCUCACCCAACAUGGCAGACAUGAGGUCACAAGCAUUUCACAAGUUAAUGUCCAUGACUGAGCUAGAUAUGACUGUUUGUCGUUGACUCGUAUUCCUCUUUGCCUCUUCCUCUUUGCUUGACGGGUGAAAAUGGGCCAUACAGUGUCACAGACAGACUGCCUUAGAAACAAGAGAGAGCUGGUUCAUAUACAGACUGUUAAUAGGACAUAGACUGAAUCAAUGAUGUGGUGCAUUAACCGGAGGACCUUUGAUGUGCAGCAGCAGUGGCAGGCACAGAGGGCUUGAGGGCCUGACAAAAUAGUUUGGAUUCCAUUUAGAGGAUGAUUCUUUUAAUCGAGAGUGAGCGAGAAAGAAAGAGCUGGCAUCUGUCUUCUCCAGACCUCUCUACUUCUACUUUUACACUACUUCUACUUCUACACAGCAGCACAGCCUCACACACAUACACAGACCCUCCAUAACGGAAUAGAGAACAUACAUUUGUGCCUUCAAGUGUGAUAAAGGUCAACAUUUCAAAUACUUUAAUACUUCAGUGAUAAAGUAGAUGUUGGAACUGAACAGUAGACAUGAUAUGCUUCAUACUUUAUCCUUUUAAAAAAAGAAUAAAAGCUUUAACUCAGUAUUGUAGCAGAGGAGCAAAGGCUGGCGAGCCCAUAGCUCCUCAUAUUUGGUAUUUAAUUUAAUUUGCUUUGGUUUUACCUUGGAGCUUCCAAUCUGAUUUGUAAAUUCCUUAAACUCGUCUGUCAAGGAACAAUCUUUACAAGCUAAGGCGAGUUGGGUGGGGUGGGGUGGGGGAGGCAUAAUAAUGUAUCUUCUAUUGCUUGUCCCUGUUGAAGCAAUUUUUUCAGGGCCAAACAGCCUUUAGACCUUCACUGUCUGUCAGCCCAACACAACUCCAGCUAUUGGAUAUGCUCAAAGAAGUCGCCAGCCAGCCAACCACCAGGGCCAUGAUUACCUCAGCCAGGCCUCUGUCAAACCAGACGAGACUUCCUCUAGACUGGGAAGGGGUUCAGAAGCAUUCUUAAGCUUAAGCUAGAACCAUGUGUUUCACAAGUGUGUGUGUGUGUGUGUGCGCGCGCCUGUGUGUGUGUGUGUGUGUCUGUGUGAAUAUACGUCUGAGUCGGUGUGUUCUGGCUUAGUCUCCACCAGGGUGUGUGAGUGUCUGUCUGUGUGUGAGUGAAUGAGUGAAACCAAGUGUUGAGCUAUGAGUGAGCUCUUUUUAAAGCUCUUGUCUUUCUGUGUCCACAUGCCCUCUCUGUGUUUAAUGCACUGCUUUGGCCGUUUUGUAAAGUUGUUGUGACACUGGGUAUUUAAUUCAGAUUUAUCUGUGUUUGGUCACCUAAUCUAUCAUCUUCCACCUUUUGGUUCAUCUGUAGGUCUACCAGCUCAGCCAGCCUCUCAACUGCCUCUCAGUCAGUCAAGAAAAAACAGAGCAUUACGAAAUACUCAAGUAACAAUUUCAAACGUGUCUUUAUAUUAUAUACUAAAAAACUGUGUGGGUUUGUUUAAUUUUUUCAGUUUUUAAAUAAAUAUUUCAAGUCAUUAA